AUGGUGGUAAUUAAUAGCAACAAUACUCUCAUCGAGACUACUGUCACCGACAUGCCGUCCCCUCCUAAACAUACCACUCCCUCUCCAUUCACUAAUGAUUACCACAAAGACAUGACAGUCUCAGAGAUCAUAGACUUCUCAGACGUGGUGUUUGAGAGCGAAAUACUCGCGGAUCAGUUGCCGCCAGUCGUAGCCAUCGAUCGGCCGCUAAUGGACUAUAGGAACCAAUUCAAUGAAUGCGAGGGCAGUAGACUACAGGAACUCCUAUCGGGCACCUCUGUGUACGUGGAGCUAUCGCAGUUACCGUUCCCCUCAGCAAAUAGGAUAGACGGGCACCGGAUGUACGAUGCGAUCGCCAAUAGGUUCGCGCGGUUUGUGCUGACGUUAACACAAAUGUGCCGAAAGUUGUCGGCGUUUAACCAGUUGUGCGAAAACGAUAGGAUCUCUCUCGUCAAGUACGGCUCGUUUGACUUGUAUAACGUGAGAUCCAUUCCCUUUUUUGAUACCGGGGCCAACAGUUGGACGUUUAUUUUGGUGGGUAUACUGGAUAAUGAGCUGGGUAUAAAAGUUACGAUAUGUUUUGAUCAGCUGAAAAACGGAAAAAGAAAUGUGCACACAUUGACCAAGAUAUUUGUAAGAAAUAUGUGCCGGGAGUGGGACUCCGAUUUAGUGCUUCUUGAUUUGUUAACUGCCAUCAUACUGUUUAAUCCCAAUCGACCCAAACUUAUGCACCGGGAGUGUAUCAAGUAA